AUGGAAGCAAUACCGCCGCCUGAUGUCAACAGCAAAAAGGAGACUCAAAUUCCAAAUCCGCAGCUCCUUUUAGGGCCACAGCAGAAACGCGACCGGGGAAGAAAGACACUGAUAUUGGAUUUGGACAAUACCCUAAUAGUCAACGCAACAGAGACAAGGGGCGAUCAUGACUUCACCAUUAUUGCGUCGUUCAAGGACAGUGACAUAAUAAAAUACAUGCACAUACGCCCCUGGGUGGAUGCACUUCUGAGCGCCGCCUCGCAGCACUUUGAGAUUGGCGUUUUCACAGCCGCCACAGCAGAGUAUGCAUGGGCUGUUCUGGAAGUUAUUGACCCAAAUAAGGUGGUCAGCUGCAUCAUGGUAGAUGAUCGGCCUGAGGUUGUGAUGCCACGAGAGAACGUGCUGCCCAUAGUUAAAUACCUGGAGAAGGACCCGGAUGAUGAGGAGUUGCUAGAUAUUUUGCCUCUGCUCCUGUCCCUCAACAAAGAUUCAGAUGUGCGACACCGCUUGCGAGCGAUCAAUGAAUCCGAAGAGGAUGAGGGCAGCCAGAAAGAGUGGAUUGCAGACUUUGAGAAGCAGCCACAGCCGAUCAAUGAAUCCGAAGAAGUUGAGGGCAGCCAGAAAGAGUGGAUUGCAGACUUUGAGAAGCAGCCACAGCCGCUGCCGCAGCCGGCAGGAAACGUAGAGAAUUGGAUUGGGUGUGUGUCUGUUGCAGCAAUGCUUGAACUGUACGGAUCUCGACUGCAUGCGCCGCUGGCCAAUCUCAUAGACCUUACUGAGAACCUGAUAGACCUCACCUCAGAGGUUGACUGA